AUGGGUAUCUCACGAGACAGCCGCCACAAGCGGUCUGCCACCGGUGCGAAGCGCGCAUACUACCGCAAGAAGAGAGCAUUCGAAAAGGGCCGCCAACCCGCCAACACCCGUAUCGGCGCCAAACGCAUCCACCUUGUCCGCACCCGCGGCGGCAACACGAAGUACCGUGCCCUGCGCUUGGAAAGCGGCAACUUCUCCUGGGGCAGCGAGGGCAUCGCCCGCAAAGUCCGCGUCAUUGUCGUGGCCUACCACCCUUCCAACAACGAACUCGUCCGCACAAACACCCUUACCAAGUCCGCCGUCGUGCAGAUCGACGCGGCCCCCUUCAGGACCUGGUACGAAGCCCACUACGGCACCAACAUCGGGCGGAAACGACAGCAGCAGACCAAGGCCGCGGGCGCCGGAGCUGCGGCUGCCGAGGGCGGUGCUGGGGAGACCAAAGUCAGCAGAAGUGUGCAGGCGAAGAGGGAGGAGCGGCUGAAGAAGAGCGGCAAGAUCGAGCCCGCGUUGGAGAGACAAUUCGAGGCUGGUCGACUUUACGCCGUGGUCAGCUCUCGGCCCGGCCAGAGCGGUAGGGUGGACGGCUACAUCCUGGAGGGUGACGAGUUGGCAUUCUACCAGAGAGCUAUCCGGAAGUGA